CCAAGCACGGAGUUCCUCGUUUGAGUUUAUGUGCACGGGUAUGUUAGAUAGCAGUGGAUCUUUGACCUGCUGUGUAUUAAGUCAGAUUACCCGUGGAGCUGAACACCCAUUUGGUGGCAUCUACGAUAAUGGACUCCUCUAAAGCAUCUCAUCACCCUUACUGGCCUCGAGACCUUUCAAUUCCCAAUUAUGUGGCCAACGAUCGAUCGAUGUCAGAGAUUCUGGUGUUUCUGUUUUCUGUGUCUGGGCUGUUUAUGCUGGUGACCUGGCUGAUCACCGGCCAGGCCACCAGCAGGCUGGGCGCAUGGAGGCGCCUGGCUGUGUGCUGGUUCGCUGUUUGUGGCUUCAUCCAUUGUGUAAUCGAGGGCUGGUUCUCGCUAUAUUAUGAUAUAAUUCCAGGAGAUCAGCGCUUUCUGUCACAGCUGUGGAAAGAGUACUGCAAGGGAGACAGUCGAUAUGCAAUUGCUGAUAACUUUACUGUUUGUAUGGAGACUGUGACUGCUUGGUUGUGGGGUCCAUUCAGCUUUUGGGCUGUUUAUGCCUUUUUAACCAAUAAGCCCUACAGAUUUCUCCUGCAGCUCAUCAUUUCAGUAGGCCAGGCAUAUGGAGCGGUGCUCUACUUCUUCACAGAGCACAGAGAUGGCUACGCCCACAGCGAGCUGGGACAUCCAAUCUACUUCUGGUUCUACUUUGUGUCUAUGAAUACCCUGUGGAUCGUCAUACCGCUGGCGCUCGUUUUGGAUGCAUGGAAACAUCUGUCAGCAGCCCAGAGGCAAACGGACAGCACAAAGUCACAGAAGAAUAAGAAGAACUGAGUGUGUGCGUGUAUGGGAGGGGGGCAACAUUACAUCUCCGUCAUUAUGAGACUUUAUCAAUAUGAAUGUCAGCAAAGUAAUAGUUCUGUGAUUUUUCUCUUUUUUUUUACUUGGCAACUUCUUUUCUGAGAAGAGCAAAAUAAACCACAUGUGACCACUUUCA